UGCAGAGGUCCUCCCCCCGCGGUACCGCUCCGAAGGAGGUGUGAAGGAGAUAGUGUAGCGUGUGUUUGUUUAAUUCAGUUGAGUCAGCAAAAAGUACACUCGAACCUGAGACUCUCUCGGCAAUGGCAACAUCAAUUGUCAGGUCGGUGUUGAGGAGCAAGAUUCCACUUCAGACUGGACGUGUGUACUACUCCUCCACGGUGCCUACGACAAAGCUGUUUAUUGAAGGAAAGUUUAUCGAGUCCAAAAGCUCUGAAUGGAUUGACAUUCACAACCCAGCCACCAAUGAAGUCAUUGGCCGUGUCCCAAAAGCCACUCAGGAGGAGAUGCUGGCUGCUGUAAAAUCUUGUCGAAAAGCUUUCCCGUCCUGGUCUGAGACAUCCAUUCUAGCACGUCAGCAAGUCUUCCUUAGGUACCAACAGUUGAUUAAAGACAACCUGAAAGAAAUAGCCAAACUCAUCACUCUAGAACAAGGGAAGACUCUGGCGGAUGCCGAAGGUGACGUGUUUCGAGGCCUGCAGGUGGUCGAACAUGCUUGUAGCAUCACAUCACUGAUGCUUGGAGAGACCCUGCCCUCCCUCACCAAAGACAUGGACACAUAUACCUAUCGUCUGCCCUUGGGGGUCUGUGCUGGCAUCGCUCCUUUCAACUUCCCUGCAAUGAUCCCCCUAUGGAUGUUUCCUAUGGGCAUGGUGUGUGGCAACACAUACCUGAUGAAGCCAUCAGAGCGAGUUCCUGGUGCCACUAUGCUGCUUGCCAAGUUGUUGCAAGAUGCGGGGGCCCCAGACGGAACCCUGAACAUUAUCCAUGGCCAGCAUGAUGCCGUGAAUUUCGUCUGUGACCAUCCUGACAUCAAAGCUAUCAGCUUUGUGGGCUCUAACCAGGCAGGAGAAUACAUCUAUGAACGAGGCUCAAGAAAUGGCAAGAGAGUCCAGUCCAACAUGGGAGCAAAGAACCAUGGAGUGGUCAUGCCUGAUGCCAACAAAGAAAACACGCUGAACCAGCUGGUUGGGGCAGCAUUUGGAGCAGCUGGCCAGAGAUGCAUGGCACUUUCCACUGCAGUCUUGGUCGGUGAAUCCAAGAAAUGGCUUCCAGAACUGAUGGAAAAGGCUAAGAAGCUCAGAGUGAAUGCUGGUGAUCAACCAGGAGCCGAUUUGGGACCCCUGAUUUCCCCACAAGCAAAGAAGCGUGUAAAUGAGUUGAUUCAGAGCGGGGUUGAAGAGGGGGCUACUUUGCUUCUGGAUGGCAGAAAUGUGAAUGUGAAGGGAUAUGAGAAUGGAAACUUUGUGGGUCCCACCAUUCUAGCUAAUGUGAAGCCACAUAUGAAAUGCUACACGGAAGAAAUCUUUGGGCCAGUCCUGGUGGUACUUGAAGCAAAUACCCUUGAUGAAGCUAUUGAUAUUAUUAAUUAUAAUCCUUAUGGGAAUGGUACUGCAAUCUUCACCACUAAUGGAGCUACAGCACGGAAAUUCACACAUGAAGUUGAUGUUGGACAGAUUGGCAUCAAUGUUCCUAUCCCAGUUCCUCUGCCUAUGUUCUCUUUCACUGGAUCUAGAGCGUCAUUCAGAGGAGACACCAACUUUUAUGGAAAACAAGGAGUUCACUUUUAUACCCAUAUCAAGACUAUCACAUCCCAGUGGAAAGCCGAAGAUGCCACUCUGACGAGUCCUGCAGUUGUGAUGCCGACCAUGGGACGUUAAAACGGAGUGUUUAAAGCAAAUGAAUACCAGAUGUCUUUCAACAGAUUGCAACUCCAAACCGCCUUAAUGUGUAGAUGGUGAGAAUGGGAAGAUUAGUCUGCUGAUCUGUGAGAAUUGUGCAUAUCUGAAUGUCUCCAAGGGCUCUACCAAUGUGACUUCAACCUUAGUUUUUUCAAUUUUCAUUGUGAUACUAAAUAAAGUAUUAUCAGUGACAGGAUAGAAAAGUCAAGAGGGGAGUUAAAUCCUUUAAGGAAGUAGACAAUAAAGAUUGCCCCAUUUUCCUUAGAA